CGGAUGUGAGCUCAGGACCUAGCUCCGGAACCCCCGCCUUGUGUGUUUCUUCUGUUAUUGUGCUUGUUGUAAGAGAAGCUUAGAACGGCCUCUAGCACUCAGUGGAUACCGGAGUACAUCAGUCAGUAUGUCUGAUCAGGAAGCCAAACCAUCCAGUGAGGAUUUAGGGGACAAGAAAGAUGGAGGUGAUUAUAUUAAACUCAAAGUAAUUGGACAGGACAGCAGUGAAAUUCAUUUCAAAGUAAAGAUGACAACACAUUUGAAAAAGCUGAAAGAGUCAUAUUGUCAGAGACAGGGUGUUCCUAUGAAUUCACUCAGGUUCCUGUUUGAAGGGCAGAGGAUCUCAGACCAUCAGACUCCUAAAGAGUUGGGAAUGGAAGAAGAAGAUGUUAUUGAAGUUUAUCAGGAACAGACUGGGGGCCAGUUAUCCAUUUAAAUCUUCAUUUGAAUCUGUACUUUUUUAGUUAUUUUAUUUUUUUAUGUUUACCUCCCAGUUUUUGUUUUUUUAUAAUCCAUCAGCCAUAUAUAGAAUCGCCUCUUUCAAGACGCGUAUCGCAUAAUAAGAAGAGCAUUCUUGGCUGGUCUGAACCUCCUUUUUUUCCCCUCCUUCCCACUUAUGAUAAGUGGAGAUAUAGAUUGCAAUUUACAUUGAAAUAUCACUAUUAUGACAGAAAAUGAUAACUUUGACAUGGAAGUAAGAAGAAAACAGUUCUUUGGAGUCACUUCAGGGUUGCUAACCAUAAACCUAUUGUUCUUGUCUUCGUUCCAGCGCCUGCCUAGGAGAAGUAGGAAUUGUGUUUUUAGAUACAUGUGAUCAUGCAAAAAAGCCCCCAUGAAAAGUUGUUUGGUGUACCUUUUUAUUUUUGUGGGGUGUGGGUUUUAAAAAAAGAAAAAAAAAAGUAUAUAAAAAUGCGUUUGUCUGUAUUGGCUUAAUUGAAGUAAUAUUAAAAAAUGAACAAAAACAUUUGUACAACUGUAGACUGGGUUUUUUUCAGUUCAUUUUAAAUUACCUUUUUAUAUUUAACAUUUUUGUAAUAGCCUUCAUCCUGCAAAAUGGGGACUAUCAAGAAUGUGAAUUUUUCCUAUUAAAUUAUAUGUAGUAACCUCUUAAAUAAAUUUUCACAAUUCACAUUU